UGGAAGGUUUGCUCUGUUCUCUCACUUAGCUGGUGCUUUGGCCGUUUCUUCGUUGCCGUUAAUAAAGCCGCCGUCCCAAUUUCUUGUGGGCUUAAGGAUUUCUCUCUCGAGUUUAGUUUACUGAGCAGAGCGCUAUCCGGAGAUAUCAACGUUUUCUGUCCGGCUUCAGACAAUCAUAAAAUCUGGGUUUUCCUCCUUUUAAUUCUUCAGUUUCUGUUUCGGUAAGUUCCUUGCUUCCCCGCUGGUGGUUUUUAUUUCUUCCCCCUUGCUUCAGUUCAUCUUUAUGGAGAAGCAAUUGGAUCAAUAUCUUCAAGAGAUGUCAAUUGAGGAAGAAAUAGAUAAGCCUCUGGUUUUAUCUAAUCAGCCUAAGUUUAGUGCCUCUGAAAGAAAUCAGAGAAGCAUCCUGGGUCGCUUUCUGAACCCUGAGAAUCAGCGAAUGGCAAAUUGGAUCUUAGAGAUGCCAAGGAUUUGGAGAUUAUAUGACAGGGUUAGAGGAAUAGCUUUAUCACGCGAUCGUUUUCAGUUUAUUUUCAAACACGAAGAAGAUAUAAACGAAAUUUUAAAGACUGGGGUUUGGACUCAAGAUGAUUGGGGAGUUGUGAUGGAGAGAUGGGUUGAAGAUCCUCCUUCUGACUAUCUAAUGUUUUUACCCGUCUGGAUUAGGCUUCGUAAUAUCCCUGUGAAUCACUACACCAAGGAUACUAUUACGGAAUUAGCUGGGUGUCUAGGACAGGUACUAGAAGUUCCUUUCGAUGAAUCAGAUGCACAAAGCAGAGAUUUUGUGUGUGUUAGAGUUUUGCUUGACCUGUCCAAGGGUUUGAGAAAUUUUAAAGAGCUUCAACUGCCGAAUGGAACUAUAGUUAAGAUUGGAAUAGAUUAUGAGAGGAUUCGCAAAAGAUGUUUUCAGUGUCAGAGGCUGACUCAUGACAAACCUAGAUGCCCUUUUAUCCAAUCUGUUCAGGAUCACCAACGUGUGGAUGAUAGAUCGGCUGUGACAAAGGAUCUAUCGAAAGGCAAGGAGGCGCAAUCUUCAGGUUUAGCUUCAUCUGCUGCAGGAUUCUCUUCUUCAAAAGUCUUAGCUGAUGCAAUCAAAGCUGAUAGGAUGAUAAAGCAGAGCACGGUUUUAGAGGUUCCCAUACAAUUCUUAGAUCAAGAUUCCUCUUUUUAUUGCUCUCCGUCAACCUUUUGUGCGGGUAGUCUUGAAGCAAGUUCCUCAAAAAGUUCUCAGCAGGUGAUAUCUUCGUCGAAAAGGCCUAGGCCUUGGUUAAAAAAUUCCAAAGGCAGAAAAGAUAAAAAUAUCAAAACUAUGGGUUCAAUUUUGGAUAAUAAUCUUGAUAUUACUGGAAAGAGUGAUGCAAAGGAAACAGGAAAGGGGUUGGCCAAAGGUCUCCAGAGAGACAAUGAUUCGGUGGUUCCAGGUGAACUGCCGCAAGACCAAUAAAUUUAUUAUGCUGUAAUGUUCAA